AUGCUAUGCAGAGAAAUAAUUGGGGUGGAUGUUUUUACAGGAACAAAGAAGGGAACGGUUAAGCAGAGUGAGAAAUGGGGUGAGGUGGUGGAAAACUUGUCAGCUGUGGAGUGUUUACACUUCAAAGUUGACAAGCCGGCUGUAUGGGAUCAGUACAACCUACUACAGAGCACCUAUCGAAGGAAAUUGAAGAAAAAAGCAAGUGGAAUGGCUGUGGAGAUGACUGAGGUGGAGAGGGCAUUGGAGUUUGUUAUGGAGAAGGAGGAUGCUGCUGAACAGCUACAACAAGAGGGAAAGUUAAAAAAGUCACCAAUGAAGCUGAGAAAGUUAAUGCAGAAGAUGUAA